AUGACAAACAAGUCUCUUCAUAUCAACAUAGACAAGUGGAUUAAACAGAAUGAGGCUUCUUUCUUACCACCUGUCUGCAACAAAUUAAUGUUCUUCUAUCAACUAAAUAUCAUGUUUGUUGGUGGUCCAAACAUACGGAAGGAUUAUCAUAUAGAGGAGGGUGAAGAGCUGUUUUACCAGAUCCGGGGAGACAUGGUCUUGAAAGUGAUAGAGAAUGGCAAACACAAAGAUGUGUGCAUCCGUGAAGGAGAGAUGUUUUUGCUGCCAGCACGAAUCCCCCACUCUCCUCAGAGGCAGGCCAACACAGUGGGACUAGUAGUUGAGAGGAGACGACUGCAUUCAGAGACAGACUGUCUCCGGUACUAUGUGGAUAACAGCACAGACAUCCUAUUUGAGCGCUGGUUUUACUGUGAGGACCUGGGCACUCAGCUAGUUCCAGUUAUUCAGGAAUUUAUGGCAUCGAAGCAGCAUAAGACUGGAAAACCUGACCCAGAUGAACCCCUCAAGCAACCACCUUUCCCACUCAACAUGAUGAAUGUGAUGACCCCAUUCUGCUUCAGAGACUGGGUAGAGAAGCAGAAGCCUGCACUAGUCAGCGGACGACCUCGGGAAAUGUUUGGAGCUCAGUUUGAGACUGAGGUUAUGCUGUAUGGUCCAGGAGAAUCAGAGACAUCCAAAAGAACAUCUGAUGGAUGGAUCUGGCAGCUAGAGGGAUCCUCAACUGUCUCAAUGAAUGGCCAAGACUACAAUCUCUCUGUGGGGGACUGUCUUUUGGUACUUGAAUUGACAGAGUAUCACUGGCAGAGGGCCGAAAAUUGUGUUGCCUUGCAUGUUGUUCAAAAUUCAGAAAGGAAAAGGCCUUUCUAA